AUGCCCCGUGAUCUUUUGCACCCAUCUGCCGCUGGAGAAGCGUCCAAGCACAAGCUUCGUCGCCUCGUUCAGUCCCCGAACUCGUACUUCAUGGACGUCAAGUGUCCCGGCUGUUUCAAUAUCACGACGGUGUUCAGUCACGCGCAGACGGUCGUGCUCUGCGGCUCGUGCUCGGUGAUGCUGUGCCAGCCGACGGGCGGUAAAGCGCGUCUGACAGACGGCUGUCAGUACCGCAAGAAGACGGAGUAA